CCAUUACUGGCUUGGGUGCGAGCCAACAGCAGCACCCCGCAUGGCAGCUGCGCGCAUGCGCAUCAAUGAGCGCUCUCGCUCCGCCGCUGCAAGAGGACUUUAAUAAUGAAGUAGACCACAGAGUGCGCGUGUGCUCACGUUAGUCUCAGGAGCGUAAAUUAAAGAGGAAAACACGGCUAGUGCAAAUCAGCGUUCCUCGGAGUUUGGGUUAUAGUGGUGAUCUGUCGUUUGGAGCGUUCCGCUCCGGUACAGCUCUCAUGAACUUAGGGAGGACUUCCCCGCGAGCUUCACUGACAGUGCAUGCACUGACUGGCGCGAGCAGUUCCUCGCGCUACACGCAGCUCUGCCACUUGAAUAUUUUUGGAUGAGCAUGUCAACAGAGUAAAUACGAACGGACCUUCUGGAGAGUUUGGAAAUCGUAGCAACGCACAACUCAUAAGAGUGUCUGGACUGUAGUCGAAGGGAGUGGAAGUUCAACUGAUGGAGAACACACAGGAGCUGAAUGAACAGAGCGUGAAGAAAUCUACCGCUGAUUCCCAUGCUCCAGACCCAGUAGACAACAGGGCCUUGGAGAUGCAGGAUCUAACAGACCCGCAGCACUCUGUUAACAGUGGCAGUGACAGCACGUCCAAACUGGACAAAAACAUCCUCAGCAACAACAUCACGACCAAUGGAACCGGAGGAGAGAACAUGACAAUUCUAAACACGGCUGAUUGGCUGCUGGGCUGCAGUACCCCGCCCACUGCCCCAAGUAUGAAGAACGAUGUUAAGUCUGAGCCUCUGAACAGCAGCGAGACUGUGAGCUCGGCGGGAGACACUGGGCUGGACACUUACACUGGGUCAGUUAUUAGCAGCAGUGGAUUCAGCCCUCGGCCGACUCACCAGUAUUCACCUCCUCUCUACCCCUCAAAGCCUUACCCCCACAUCCUGUCUACUCCUGUGGCUCCUCCCAUGUCGGCAUACACGGGCCAAUCACAGUUCACUAGCAUGCAGCAGUCGACAGUUUACACGCCCUACUCUCAAACUACUCCACCCUAUGGCCUCUCCACCUAUGAUUUGGGGGUGAUGUUGCCAGGUAUAAAGACAGAAGGAGGGCUGACGCAAACCCAAUCAACCCUCCAAUCAGGGCUCAGCUAUAGCCCUGGAUUUACCACUCCUCAGCCCGGACAAACAGCUUAUUCACCCUAUCAGAUGCCAGGGUCAGGUUUCACAACCUCUCCUGGUCUCUACACAUCCAACAACUCCAAUCCAGGCAACUUCACCACACAACAGCAGGAAUAUCCCUCCUAUACAACUUUUGGGCAGAAUCAGUAUGCUCAGUAUUACUCCACCUCCUCCUAUGGUUCCUACAUGACAUCUAACAGCUCAUUGGACGGCACAGGUUCAGUCUCCAGCUAUCAGCUGCAAGACUCCACCCCCAUCAUGACAGGACAAGCGGCUGACCUGAAUCCAGGUGAGUUUGAGGCGGGGCAGAGCCCAUCCACGCCAAUCAAGGAGAUGGAGGACCGGGCAUGUCGAGGGGGUGGGGCUAAAGCAAGGGGGCGGGGCAGAAAGAACAACCCCUCCCCACCACCUGACAGUGACCUUGAGAGGGUGUUUGUUUGGGAUCUGGACGAGACGAUUAUUGUGUUUCACUCACUCCUCACAGGCUCCUAUGCACAGAAGUACGGCAAGGACCCUCCUUUGGCUGUGACUCUUGGUUUAAGAAUGGAGGAAAUGAUCUUCAAUCUUGCUGAUACACAUCUAUUUUUUAAUGAUUUAGAGGAGUGUGACCAAGUGCACAUUGAUGACGCCUCUUCAGAUGAUAACGGACAGGACCUCAGUACUUACAGUUUUGCCACUGAUGGCUUCCAUGCAGCUGCAACAAGCGCAAGUCUCUGCCUAGCAACAGGUGUUAGGGGCGGAGUCGACUGGAUGAGGAAGUUAGCUUUCCGAUACAGAAGAGUCAAAGAGUUGUACUGCUCUUACAAAAACAAUGUGGGAGGGUUGCUGGGACCGGCUAAGAGGGAGGCGUGGCUCCAGCUGAGGGCAGAAGUUGAGGCUCUCACGGACUCUUGGCUGACCACUGCGCUCAAGUCCCUGUCAAUCAUCAGCUCCAGGAGUAACUGUGUUAACGUCUUAGUGACAACGACACAGUUAAUACCUGCGCUGGCUAAAGUGCUGUUGUAUAGUCUGGGCUCAGCGUUUCCAAUUGAAAACAUUUACAGCGCAACCAAAAUAGGCAAAGAGAGUUGCUUUGAGCGCAUAAUGCAGAGGUUUGGCAGGAAGGUAGUGUAUGUUGUAAUUGGGGAUGGUGUGGAAGAGGAGCAGGCCGCUGCCAAGCACAACAUGCCCUUCUGGCGGAUAUCCAGCCACUCUGACCUGCUUGCCCUCCAUCAAGCACUGGAAUUCGAGUACCUGUAACACUCGAUACCUGUAUCAUAGGCCUUUUUUGUACAACUAUUUAAGAACAAGAGUACACUGCAAUCUCGUUUUAUGUUGUUGUCUUUUUGAUUCUUUUUAAGAAAACUCUGGCUUUUAAGAUAUUUCUGCACUGUCUUAAGAAGACUAGGACAGACUAGGAUGAGGGAAAAUGGGAUUUUAAUGGUCAAACCAGGCUUGUAAAGAGCUUACUAAGGUCUUACUUCACACACACACUGCAUUUCAUGUCUGAAUGAGGGGAGUUCUUCGUCUUGAACCACAUAUAUCCUCACUCAUCUACAGGAAUUACAUUAUAUGUCUGUACAGUAGACUUCAUCUCCACUUAAAUGACUCAAGCGCUGUACUCUAAUCAAGGAUCAUUUAGAAUAGACACAUAACUCAUGUAAAUUAUUUUACAGUAACUAGAUUAAACACUAAAGGACGCUGUGUUUCCACAUGGUAUCGUUUUGAUUGUUUUUUGUAAGUUUUUGGCAAAAAAGUCUGUGUAUAAUUUGUUGUGCCUUAUGUUUUUGUGUGGCAGUUUUUAUUUUGAGAAUGUAUGUAGAUAAACAAAAAAAGUAAACAUUUGA